AUGCCACUCACCAUCGCGGGGCGACAUCGACGCAGAGUUCGGUUCCCAGCCACUAACCUUCCACCUGCUCUCAUAUCACCUUCGGGUGUUGCUCGGCAGCAGCAACAACAGCAACAAGAACAAGGACCGCUUGGCCAAGAGGAUCUUUUCCCCUUCCAGUCCGUCACCAAGUCUAGCAAGUCUGCCAAAUUCGGCAAAUCGCAAAAGUCAACCACCUCACCCGGCAUGGCCACUCAACCAGAGCCCCGACCGGGGAUCCCAUCCUUAUUCACACAGCCGCCGCCGAUUCGCGACCCGCUCGUGACAGAGACCACCCGUCUGCAGGAGGCCACCGUGGAGAAGUGCCUCACCUUCCUCAAGGGCCUCCACCCUUCUCAAACGGGUCCCUUCAAUGACACGGGGGUCCCCGCGCUGCACAGAGAGGAUCACGUUACUUAUCUGUAUGAGUCGCUGGAAGAUUAUCCCGCUGGCUUUGUGGCCAUGGACGCCAGUCGGCCAUGGAUGGUCUACUGGGCCUUGGCCGGAUUAGCUUUGUUGGGCGAAGAUCCCACUCAUUUUCGUGAGCGGGUGCUAGGAACCCUCCGUCCCAUGCAGAAUGCCACAGGGGGGUUUGGUGGCGGCCACGGACAGACAUCACAUCUGGCCAGCAGCUAUGCAGCCGUGCUCGCACUCGCCAUGGUGGGAGGCGCGGAGGCCUUUGCAUUAGUUGACCGAGACGCAAUGUGGCGAUGGCUCGGCCGACUCAAGCAGGCAGAUGGGGGUUUCAGCGUCACAGAAGGCGGCGAAGAGGAUGUGCGUGGUGCAUAUUGCGCAUCAACCAUCAUCGCCCUCCUUGAUAUCCCCCUAGUGUUACCUCCUGACGCAACGAAAGCCCGAGAAGCUGGCUUUGAGACCCUCACAGAUGGCCUUGCUGAAUAUCUGUCGCGCUCUGACGUUUGUGAUCCUUCUCUCAUGAUGUCCCCAGGCCAGUCAUUUGAAGGUGGCAUCUCAGGCAGUCCCGGGGUGGAGGCUCACGGUGCCUAUGCCUUCUGCGCCCUUGCCUGUUUGUCGAUUCUGGGUGCCCCCGAGGAGAUCAUUCCCAAACACAUGAAUCUUCCCCUGCUACUGUCAUGGCUCUCCGCUCGUCAAUACGCUCCAGAGGGUGGCUUCUCUGGUCGUACCAAUAAGCUCGUUGAUGGCUGCUACAGCCACUGGGUCGGUGGAUGCUGGCCUCUGCUGCAAUCGGCCCUGGACGGCAAGCCCCAGCCAUCGGGUGCUCCCCCAGAGACCGUCGGCAGUCUCUUCAGCCGCGAUGGAUUGGACCGAUACAUUCUCGGUUGCUGCCAGACUCCAAUGGGAGGGCUCCGUGAUAAGCCUGGAAAAAGUGCGGAUUCGUAUCACACAUGCUACGUUCUCACUGGACUCAGUGCCACCCAACACCACCACUAUCGCACGAAUGCCAGCGUCUCUCCUGACUCGCCCUUUGCGUCGGCCUUUUCUUGGCAGGCUUCACCUGUGGCAGUGGAAGAGAGCGUGUAUGAAUCGGCUGACCGGCUGGUCGCCUUCCACCCACUUUUUGUAAUUCCGCAUCAGGCAGCGGCGAACAUGAGAAUCUGGUGUGAGAGCAAUCCGAUUCACGUGUAA